AACGAACAUAUGAAAACAAAACAAAAGAUAGUCCUCUAGUAAACAAAUUAGUAACGUUAUUGAUAGUUAACGCCUUUUAAUAAAUAGUUCAUUUACAAAUUCAAUUUUGUGAAAUAAAAUUGUAACUGUUAUGUUACCAGAGACGACCACAUUUUCAAUAACCCUACUCAUUUAUGGCUCAAUACUGUUACUACUCAUAUACUAUGUACUGACACUUGCCGAUCUGGAGAGUGACUAUAUAAACGCACAAGAAUGUUGUUCACGUUUGAACAUUUGGGUUGUACCGAAAUUCGGUGUACAUGCUUUCCUUUGCAUUCUGCUAUUGCUUGACGGCCACUGGAUAAUGUUAUCACUUAAUAUGCCAAUGGUCAUAUGGCUAGGUUAUGAGUUGUACAGUCAGCCUAGAGAUAGCCUCGGCGUUUACGAUCCUAUUGAUAUACAUAGUCGUGGACUUAUGAGAAUACAUCUUCGAAACUGUAUGAUUUAUUUGGGAUAUUACUUCGUGAUGUUUUUCGUGGCAGUUUACUGUUGCAUUAGUUCACUAAUCAAGGGAGAUCCAAUUAAACGUCAUGAGGAAGAAGAAUUCAUAACAGAGUUUUAAAUGAGUCGAAUAUUUUUUAAGCUGCACAACUCAAGACACUACAAUCAAAUAGUUGUAGAAUUCUCGUUAGUUUUUAUAUCGUACUAGUCAAAUUCGUCGUCACAAUCGCACCGUAUACUACAUAUAUAAAUGAUAAGUAGUAAUGUCUUCCUAUUUUAUAGUAAAGUGCAAAGUCUGCUUUGCCCGUCAUAAAACAUUUUAGAGUAAUAUUCAUAGCCAUUGACACAAAAAAAUAAUAAUUGAGUCGCAUCUAAACACAUUUGUGCGUACGACAUACAUUACCGGAAUCUUAAAGAAUUUUUUUUUUUUUUUGGUUAUAAAUUAAAUAUUUUAAAUUGUUUAACAUUUAUGCUCUUUACGAGCAAAAAAAAAUAUACAUUGGUACAUAAUUUUUUUACAGCCAUUAAUUUCCGAUUUAUUAGUGUACUGGACGUACAUAUAGAUUAUAAUAUACAAAUUGUUAAUUUAUUAUUUAACAUAUUCUAUUUAUAAUUUAAAUGUUUCUAAACUUGCUAACAAUUAAUAAACCAUAUAUAAAAUUAUA